AUGGACCAAGCACAGAUGGACCUCAAGCGCGCGGAAUACCAGAAGCACUUAAAGGACGUGGAACUCGACCGGAACAUGAUCGCCAAGCUGAGAGCAGAAACGCGGGAGGCCCGAGCGCGAGGUACACCAAUGAACAGGUGCUAA